GAACAGUCAAUUGUAUCCUUGCUUAUUCUAGUCUGACUGUGACUUGUUGUCUAACCGAGUUUCAAAGAGCUCAAAACACAACAAUGGUGCCGACACCGUUUAAGGGGUCGGUGAUUGCUGUUAGCGGCACUUUCCGCACUAUCCCUCCGAUGACCCAAGAUAAACUGAAAAAAAUCAUUGAAGAGGGAGGUGGCACAUUCAGCCCCAAAGUGUCCAAUGACUGCACCCAUUUGGUCACUUCGCUCAAGAACGCCACAGGAAGUAACGCCAAAUUCAAGCAAGCCUCUGCUCUUAACAAUUGCCACAUUGUAACAAUUGACUGGCUCCUCGAGUCGCAAGGCAAGAAGAAGAAGCUAGACGAGAAGAAAUACUUGAUCAGCAACAUAGACGACCAGAAAGACUCGACGGACGAUCUGGCAUUCCCAACCCCACCAGCGGAGUCUGACAAGAAAAGACCUGCCCAGGCAGUUGCUGAUGGAGAUGAGCCUCCGUCGAAGAAGAAGCGUGAUGAUGAGACCAAAGAGGAGAAGAAGAUUCAUGUUCCUGUAGAUGAGGGAUGCAAGGAUGGUGCUGGGUAUGAAGUUCUCAUUGACGAAGAUGGGGUCAUCUGGGAUGCCUCACUCAACCUGACCAGCUCGAGUAAUAACAACAACAAAUUCUACCGAAUUCAGUUACUGAAAUCCAAAAAGAAGGAUACAUACUGUUCCUGGACUCGCUGGGGUCGAGUCGGCGAAAUGGGUGCAGGCGCCAUGUUCGGUCCGAGUGAUUUCGAGAGUGCCAAAAAGUCAUUCGAAAAGAAAUUCAAGGACAAGUCUGGUCUUGCCUGGAAGGAUAGAUUGAAUGAUCCCAAAUCCGGCAAAUACUCGUUUCUUGAAAGGGACUAUGAGGAAGAUGAUCCGGAUGAAGAAGAAGCAAAGGCCAAAAAUCAACAGCAGAAAAAGCCCGCAGGAGAUGAACGUCCACCUCCUGAAAGUAAGCUUCCCGAGCCUAUUCAGGAAGUGGUUUCUCUCAUUUUCAAUCAGGAGUAUGCGAUGAAGGCAUUGGCAGAUUUGAACUUUGAUGCAAACAAGUUGCCAUUAGGAAAGCUUAGCAAACGUACUCUGCAGACCGGGUUUCAGGCGUUGAAGGAUCUGUCUGAGUUGCUUAAUGAUCCCUCUCUUGCGACGACUAGAUAUCAACAACCUCUCGGUGUGGCAUUGGAGACUCUCAGCAACCGUUACUUCACCAUCAUUCCGCAUGCAUUCGGACGUGCUCGACCACCAGUGAUAAGUCAUUCGGACUUGUUACGGAAGGAGGUUGAGUUACUUGAUAAUCUGACGGAUAUGGAAAUUGCGAAUCAAAUCUUCAGUGACUCUCUCACAACUGACAGUGAGAUUCACUUCUUGGACAAGCAAUUUGAGGGUUUGAGACUGGAUGAAAUGACACCAUUGUCUCAUUCCUCGGCGGAGUUUGAAGAAAUCGCAAAAUAUCUAGUAGGAGCAGCGGGACCAACCCACCACUUUAAUCUCAAGCCACAAGAUAUCUUCCGUAUCGAACGAAAUGGCGAGCACGACCGCUUCGAACAAGCUGGAAUGACCAAGCUGCCCAACGACAAUCGUCGUCUUCUAUGGCAUGGUUCUCGUUCCACUAAUUUUGGUGGUAUCCUCAGCCAAGGGUUGCGUAUUGCACCCCCUGAAGCCCCCGUGAACGGCUACAUGUUCGGUAAAGGUGUCUACUUUGCCGAUAUAUCGACCAAGUCAGCCGGAUUUUGCGCCUCUUACGCCAGUCGAGGAAUCGGUUUGAUGCUUUUAUGUGAAGUACAACUGGGCGAUCCAAUGCAUGAGCUAGUCCAUUCAAGCUAUACUGCCGGGGAUGAUGCGAAAGCAGGCGGUAAAUUGGCCACCCUAGGAAUGGGAAGUACGAUUCCGAAAGGUUGGAAGGAUGCUGGAUGUGUGCAUCCGACCUUGAAGGGAGUGGUCAUGCCUGAUGUGUCGCAUGGGCUCGAGUCUCUGGAUCAGAUGUCUCGCAUCCUGUAUUACAAUGAGUACAUUGUCUAUGAUGUUGCUCAGAUUCGUCAGCGGUAUUUGUUGAAGGUUCAAAUGUAGGGUCAAUUGAGAACGGCAUUCAUCUGAUGUGUCCUAUCUGUACAAAAGUAAGCGAUCUAGCGAUAAUACCAAUAAAUUUGUUUCGCAGACC